AUGUUCCCUGUGACAAAAACGGUUUAUCGUCGGCACACGUUGGAGAAAGUGGAAAGUCACCCAAUCACGAUGACUCGGCAUUUCCUGCUCCAGGAAGAUGACUCCUUUGCUGGGUUCAUUUGCUCCUACUGCCACGGUUACCGCAACCGGGACUGUGAACAUAGUUUGCCUGAUGUGGAGUAUGUGGCAAACGCUGGAGCCCAGCAAAAGCGACGCAAGGACAAGAAGGCUGGGGUCUAG